AUGUCCCAAUUAUGGGUGAAGCGCGCGAAGGCGGAGAUGACGCGGCACUCGCGGGUGCUGGAGACUAUCAACCGCGUAUUUCCCAUGCCCUUCGAGGAGCGUCGCUCUCGUGUUGGCAUGACGAGCUACGCCACGUACCGCUGGCUGCGCUACUUCCCCGUUAUUCUGGUGCCCGUCAUUGUGCUUGGGACGCUCCUGGAAACGCGUGACAACCCACAGGAACACGUCUUUACGUCGAUGCACCUGUGGCUCGCUGACCAUGGUGUCUUCCGCCACGACACGGUGAAGGCAUUGAACCCAGCCUUCGAGGAUGAGCGGCGCUCAAUUGAGUGGAAGGCAAAUGACCGCAAGUGGCGCUUCACCGGCAUGGAUAUGCCAUCUGAGCGAGAAAUACGUGAGUUUGCCGCCAUCAACAUUGAUCGUCAGUCGAGGCGUCAGUCGUGA